GCUCAAAUCAAAUAUCGGGUACAAUAGGAGAAAUGGAGGAAUCUCCAUUCUAGCAGUUAAUCUAGAUAUCCCCUAACUACUUGCAACUAUAUAAAAAGCUUGCAGGGCAAAGUUUGACAGAGUUGAAGUUAACAGGGUAGGACCACAACAUACUCGAGUCUUUCAAAAAGAAAAGGAAAAAUGAGAUUGAUCUUUUUCACUUUACUGGCCUCGCUAGCUUUGGUCAAAGGAGACAUAUUUGGAAUCAGCAAAAACAUUUUGGGCAACAUAUUAAAUACUGCAAACAAGCUUUUGGAAGGCUUUAAAGAUGAAAAGCUAUUGGAUUCUAUUUGCGGAAAAUAUGAAUGCCCAACAUACACUGUGAAGUUUAAAAAGCCAAAGUAUGAAUUGAGGUGCUAUGAAAAUGCCCAUUGGGUGUCAGUUAAAAGUGACCACAGUCUCUCAAGAGGUGCUACACUUUUUGGAGGUGGCAGAAAAAUGUUUAAACAGUUGUUUUCAUACAUUGAUGGAGCAAACAGCUUGGGUGCAAAAAUUAACAUGACGGUCCCAGUUCUGCAGCAAAUAAAGGAUGAUGGCACAUCCUUUAAAUUGAAAAUGAGUUUCUACAUUCCAAGAAAGUUUCAGACCAAGCCACCCAGCCCUACAAACCCAAAUGUGAUUGUAGAGUCAAACAAGUUUUGUGCAUAUGUUCACUCUUUUGGUGGCUAUACCAUACUGUAUUCUCAGGUAGAGAAACAUGUUGAAAUGCUUGUGAAAGCUCUCAAAGAAGAUGGAUUGCAGGACACAUAUCAAAGCGGAACAUACAUAUAUGCAGGUUACAACAAGCCUACUACAUUCUUCAGGAGACACAAUGAAGUCAUGCUUUUAAGAAAAUAAGACAUGAAUUGAAGUUGUUCCUUGAAAAAGUUAAUGAAACUGGAUUAUUUUUUAAAAAUACUUUUGUAAGAAUAUAGUAUGAACAGAAGUUUCACCUUUAAAAGUUAUAAAAGUUUUGUGAUUUAUUUUUUGUACA